GUUGUGGUUGUGUUGCAGGUUCUUUGGGCCCUACAGUAUGGACGUGGUCACCAGCACAGCUUUCAGUGUGGACAUUGACUCUCUGAACAACCCUUCAGACCCCUUUGUCUCCAACGUCAAGAAGAUGCUCAAGUUCGACCUGUUCAACCCACUGUUCCUCCUAGCCGCUUUGUUUCCCUUCACUGGUCCUAUCUUGGAGAAGAUGAAGUUUUCUUUCUUCCCGACUGCGGUGACAGACUUCUUUUAUGCCUCGCUGGCUAAGAUCAAAUCUGGACGUGACGCUGGGAACUCAACCAAUCGGGUGGAUUUCUUACAGCUGAUGAUCGACUCUCAGAAAGGCAGCGACACAAAGACAGGAGAGGAACAGACUAAAGGACUGACUGAUCACGAGAUAUUGUCUCAGGCCAUGAUCUUCAUCUUCGCCGGCUACGAGACCAGCAGCAGUACUAUGAGUUUCCUGGCCUAUAACCUGGCAACCAACCCCCAUGUCAUGACCAAACUGCAGGGGGAGAUAGAUACUGUGUUCCCCAACAAGGCUCCAAUCCAGUACGAAGCUCUGAUGCAGAUGGACUAUUUGGACUGUGUGUUGAACGAGUCUCUGAGACUGUACCCCAUCUCCCCGCGACUGGAGAGGGUCGCCAAGAAGACGGUGGAGAUCAACGGCAUCGUCAUCCCCAAAGACUGCAUUGUCCUGGUUCCCACGUGGACCCUCCAUCGUGACCCAGAGAUCUGGUCUGACCCUGAGGAGUUCAAACCAGAGAGGUUUAGUAAGGAGAACAAGGAGUCUAUUGAUCCGUACACGUACAUGCCAUUUGGGGCGGGGCCCAGGAACUGUAUCGGGAUGCGCUUCGCCCUGAUCAUGAUCAAACUGGCCAUGGUCGAGAUCCUCCAGAGUUUCACUUUCUCCAUCUGCGACGAGACCGAGAUCCCUCUGGAGAUGGACAACCAGGGUCUGCUGAUGCCCAAACGACCAAUCAAACUGAGGCUGGAGGCCCGUAGAAACACCCCUAGCAACACCACCGCUACCACUCUGAAGAGUCCAACAACGUGACCAAAUGCAGGAGCACCCUACCCUGGAGUACCUCUCUCUCUCUCUCUCUUCCCCUCUCCCCCCACACAAAAGGGCUUUAGUACAGACAGAAAUACUUCUCACACCGCUAAUGAAAAUUUCUGGGAUCUUUUAUUUCAGCUCAUGAAACAUUUUUGUUCAACAGCCUCUCUAUCUAUCUAUCUUUCUGUCGAUCGGCUACUGAACAUUCAGUCCUUAUCCUAUCCCUGCUAUAGGCUGCUGAAUAUUCAGGCUGGGAUUCAAUAGGCUACUUAAUUAAUAUAACAUGAUAUUAAGACUGCAUUCACAAUGAAUGUUCAGUUCAGUCAGAUCAAUCAGAAAUUACAUUUAAAAUGGCACAUAGCUGACAAAGUGCUGGGAUUGAAUCCUGGUCUCAGUCUCAUGCUUGGUUUGAGUAAGACUCAGAAACCCAUGUCCACCAGAUAAAAUAGAUAGUAAUACUAUGGAUGCAUUAGAGGUACAUGUCUUGUUAAAGUUAGACACCAGGGGGUAGUAAUCCAUGGCAUGAUGUCAUGUCUGGAUCAUGCACACUACUGGCUGGUGGCUGGAAUUUUCCUAGAAUGUAGAACUCUAGCUGGUGUUCUCUAGAACUGUACUCUCAUUCUGUUCCUCUGGGUGUUCUGCUGUCCAGUCAUUCCAAAAUAGAAUCUUUACUGUCUGUUGAGAUGAUCCCUGCAGCUGCUUGGUUUUAACUUUAAUCAUCACAAACCAAUAAAAUCAUCACACUAAUGAA